AUGGGUGGAGGUAUGAUAAUUGAUACUCCAUCUAAUGGGUCGGUGACUACUUAUUCAGUUUGUUUGAAUUACCCUCUGAUGAUAUUUGGUAGGGACUUUGGUAUCGACUCAGUCUGCUUACCGUUGAGUCAACUUGAUGUUAUUUUGGGGAUGGGCUGGCUAGGAUUGAACCGUAUCUAUAUCAACUGUUACUCCAAGGCAGUGUUAUUUCCUGAGUUCGUAGAAGAGAAAGAUCCUCUAUUCAUGUCGACCAAUCACAUGAGAGAAUUAUUGAAAGAUGAAGCCCAAGUGUUUUCAAUGUUUGUUGCUUUAAAAAUAGGAAGUAAUAUAUCAAUGGUUGAUCUACCUGUGGUGAAUGAAUUUCCAGAAGAUAUUACUGAUCUAUCACCUGAGAGAGAAGUUGAGUUUUCUAUUAAUCUAGUGUCGAGCACCAGACCUGUAUCGAUGGUAACUUAUAGGAUGUCUCCAGCAUAA